AUGCUCGUUGAAGUGAGCCAAAGCACGUCUGAUCAGCUCGACGGCAAACAAGAUGGCGACGGUCUUGACGAAGAGAACGGCCGCGUCCCAGACGAACUGGCUGUCGACGGUGUUGAUCAGGAAGCGCAUGUCGACUGUACGCCUCUAUGGAGGGUCAGCUCUGCUUUGUAUAGCGCUUUCCACGACUCACUGUUUGACGGGAAGCUGUUGGGCUGGUUGGGAAGGAGGAAGCGAGGUGAUGAGAGAGAGGAAAGAGGAACAGAGACCGUUGCCUGGCGUGGCCUUCUUGUGUCGCUCUUCACCUCCCACGACGACUCAGCGACGACUAAGCGACUGCCUGCCAUGGUUUGGCUUCUGCAUCUGUCGCAUCUGUCGCGUCAGGUGCAGACAUUCCAUCUGCUUCCGCCAGAAGACACUCGUUCUGUCUUUAUCCUCACAGCAUCACACCUCUUAUCCUCUGCUUUGUUAACAAUCGCCUUGUUAUCGGUGUUUGUAUGCGCUAUCCAACAAUCCUUUGUCAAUCAGCUCAUACCCCAGCAAACAAAGGGCAUACCGGGAGACGACCUCGCAAUCGAGAGAGCAAUCAUGGCCCUGGGCGAGACGCGAAAGGAGAAGAAGCGGAUUGAUGUCCGCCUGCCGGACCCUCGCAUCCCAAAGCACUCAUGCUCCAUCUUCUUCCUCACCGGCGCACCCUACUCCGGCAAGACAUCCACAGCCGAACUGCUCGUCCGCGAGCGACCCUCUCUAAUCCACAUCGUCCCCGAGGACGUGGUGCGCAGUCUGCUAGAAGAAGGGCCAGACGAUGUGCGCGAGUAUGUCCAGAGCCGCAUCGCACACGACCCGCAGGGCAAGGUGCCGGAAAAGCUGCUGUUUCGCAUCCUCAAGAUCGAGAUCUCCAAACACUUGUUUGCCGCGUACGGCUCAGACCGCUUCCUUAUCGAGGGCCUGCCGACCUCCAUAGAGCAGUACAAUAAGUUCCAGGCGGUGCAGCAUCCGUCCUCACUGCGUGGGUUAAGCAUUGCUGACUGUCGCAGGCCUUUGGCGUGGUGCACGCGAUUGUGCUCAACAUGCAUCCGGACCAUAUAG